AGGCGGGAUCCGCGCGCCGGGAUGUGGAGGCAUGCGGAAUAAGGGAACAGCUGCUGGAAGGGCUGGGAUUGAUUAUUCCAUCCCAGUCUUCCUUUGGAAUUAUUUAUUGGCCGGAGUCGGGGGCCUUUUGUUUGGGAUAUUUUGGGAAGAAUGCGUGGCACAACACAGGAUGCGGGAGAAACUCCGGGAAUUAGCGCCGGAAAAGCGAUCCAGACUUCGAAUCCAAGCCCCGCUUCCCUCGUUUCAUCCCAAGGCUUUUUUGUUUUUCCUUCUUCCCUGUUUUUAUUUUCUUUCCAACGAGUUAUUCCCCUUCCAGAGCUUGACAUUCCCAUGCACGGCAGGCUCGGGAGCUUCCCAAAAGUUCCUCGGCGUUGCCGUUCAUCCCGAGUUCGGGAAUAAAAUCUGGGAGAGGGCGGCAGCGGCAGGGCCACGGGGGAGAAUUCCCAGCACUUGGAGCAAGUUCCUUCUUCCUCGGAUUUCCCUCGGGGGCAGUGAAUGGAGCGAGGCAGAGGUUUAUGCUCCGUCGGCGAGCACCGCCGACUACAACCGGAUUCUCCCGGUUUUCCAUCCUCCAAACCAGCAGCCAGCACUUUUCCCAGCUCCUUCUUCAUGCAAGAUGGCCACCACGGCAGCGAUCCCUGGAGCUCGUCGAGCGGGAUGAACCAGGCCGGCUACGGGGGAAUGUUGGGCGGCUCCUCCCACCUCGGCCAGGCCGGCAGCUACUGCAGCCUGCACCCUCACGAGCGCCUGAGCUACCCAUCCCACUCCUCGGCCGACAUCAACUCCAGCCUCCCGCCGAUGUCCACGUUCCACCGGAGCGGCACGAACCACUACAGUGCCUCCUCGUGCACGCCGCCCGCCAACGGCACCGACUCCAUCCUGGCCAACAGAGGAAGCGGAGCCGCAGGCAGCUCGCAGACCGGCGACGCGCUGGGAAAAGCCCUCGCCUCUAUCUAUUCUCCAGAUCACACCAACAACAGCUUUUCAUCAAAUCCUUCAACUCCUGUCGGUUCUCCCCCUUCUCUCUCAGGAACAGCUGUUUGGUCUAGGAAUGGAGGUCAAGCGUCAUCAUCUCCCAAUUAUGAAGGUCCCUUACACUCCUUGCAGAGCCGCAUCGAGGACCGCCUGGAGCGCCUGGACGACGCCAUCCACGUACUGCGGAACCACGCGGUGGGGCCGGCGCCCGCCAUGGCCGGCGCGCACGGAGACGUGCACGGGCUGCUGGGAGCCGCCCACAACGGCGCCAUGGCCGGCCUGGCCUCGGGCUACGGCACCGGGCUGCUCUCGGCCAACCGGCAUUCCCUGAUGGUGGGAGCGCACCGGGAGGACGGCGUCGGCCUCCGCGGCAGCCACUCGCUGGUGCCCAACCAGGUGCCGGUGCCGCAGCUGCCGGUGCAGUCGGCGACGUCGCCGGAGCUGAACCCGCCGCAGGAUCCCUACCGGGCCCUUCCCGCCGCUCUCCAAGGGCAGAGCGUGUCGUCGGGCAGCUCGGAGAUCAAAUCGGAUGACGAGGCCGACGAGAACCUGCAGGACGCCAAAGGCGCCGACGACAAGAAGCUGGAGGAGGACAAGAAGGAGAUCAAAUCCAUUACUAGGUCAAGAUCUAGCAAUAACGACGACGAGGACCUGACGCCGGAGCAGAAAGCCGAGCGCGAGAAGGAGCGCAGGAUGGCCAACAACGCGCGGGAGCGGCUGCGCGUGCGCGACAUCAACGAGGCCUUCAAGGAGCUGGGCCGCAUGGUGCAGCUGCACCUCAAGAGCGACAAGCCGCAGACCAAGCUGCUCAUCCUGCACCAGGCCGUGGCCGUCAUCCUCAGCCUGGAGCAGCAGGUCCGAGAACGGAAUCUCAAUCCCAAGGCGGCGUGCCUCAAGAGGAGGGAAGAAGAGAAAGUCUCCUCGGAUCCUCCUCCGCUCUCGCUCGCAGGGCCCCACCCCGGCAUGGGCGACGCCUCCAAUUCACAUGGGACAGAUGUAAAAAGGAUUUCUCCACGGAAAAGCCGAGAGCCCAAUUCCUUCUCCGCCGUCCUGAUCCCGAUCCCGAGCCCUUCCCUUCCGUACCCGUCCGACAAGUCUGAGUCGAUUCCGAAUCCCAGACGCGACAGAUUCCGGCAUUCCCGAAGGGAAAACCAACGAAAAACGAAAGGAAACCACGGGAAAACGAGAAAAAACCAACAAAAAACCAACAAAAAACCAACAAAAACCGACAAAAACCGACAAAAAAACCAACAAAAAAAAAGGAAAGAAAAAGGAAAAAAAAAGGAACUUUUUCGGUUUUUUGGUGUUGGGGAGGGAUGAGGACUCUUCUUGGAACAUAUCACGGGAUGUCCGACGCGGAAUUCCGAGCCUGGCAAUCUUUUCUUUCUCCACACUGUGGGACCGAUGCAUUUUUUGUGCCUAAAAAAACAAAAUAAGAAAGAAACAGAAAAAAAAAAAAUGAGCAAAAAAGAGAAAAAAAAGAGAAAAAAAAAGGAGAAAAA